CUGGAUCACAUUCGACGCGUCUGAAACAUUUCUCACGCGCAGUUUGUGCAUCUGAUCGCGGGAAGGUGAUAAGACGCCCUGAUACAGCCUCGGCCGCUCUAGUAGCCUUUUUUUUCAGCUUACCUUCUCUCCCUCCAACCUCUAUCUUUUUGUGAACACUAUGUCAAAAGUUACUUUUGCAGUCAUUGCUGCUGCCGGUGCAGUAACCGGUGCAGCAGCAACAGCAGCCGUCUACUCCUUUAAGAAAGAAUCUCCAAAACCUUUGCCAACAACCACAACAUCAACCACAACAGUCUCCACACCAUCUCGAACUGGACCUGCUGCUCCUGUCCCAGUCUAUCCUUCACCAGCAGCUGUAGCACGAACACCAAUCGUUGACCCUAAUGGUCUGUUCCAAUAUGGCUUUCCAGGUCCGGUUGCCGACCUUCGCCCCGCCGCCUCUUUGACUUCCUCCUUCGACCGCCGAACACGAAAUCCGUCUUGGGUCGCAGAACACAUUACCCCUGAGUCUCUCGCCAACAAAAAUGCAGAUCGCAAGCACAGCGUAUUUGUGGAAGAUGUGUCCAUACCUGAGAUGUUCCGCGCAAAACUGAAGGACUACUUCCGUUCGGGGUAUGACCGAGGCCACCAGGUCCCAGCAGCGGAUGCUAAGUGGAGCCAGGAGGCUAUGGACGAUACAUUUCUGCUGAGCAACAUGUGUCCACAGGUCGGCGAUGGGUUCAACCGGGAUUACUGGGCGCAUUUCGAGGACUUCUGCAGGCGAUUGACAGGGACGUACCCCUCCGUUCGCAUUGUGACAGGGCCUCUAUACCUCCCAAAGCGAGAUACGGAUGGAAAGUGGAGAGUGAGCUACGAAGUCAUUGGCCAGCCACCGAACGUUGCGGUCCCAACACAUUUCUAUAAGGUCAUUUUCGCAGAGGAUGGAAUAGCAGGCGGAAAAGUUGCGCUCGGCGCAUUUGUGCUGCCGAACGCAGUUAUUGCGAAUAAUAAGCCUCUACAAGACUUCGAAGUUCCAAUCGAGGCGGUUGAGAGGGCAAGUGGGCUACAGUUCGCAACGAAGCUUGACGCUUCCAGGAGGAAGAGGUUAUGCCAGGAAGUGAAUUGCUCAGUCAUCGUGAAGGAGUACAAAGAUAGGCAGAAGAGUUUUGGGAAGCAGUGAAAAAUGACUCUCCCAGCUUCGCAUGGCUUUGAUCUUGAAGAUAUCACAACAUUGUAAACAUAUGCAUGAGCGGAGUUUGUCUCCGUGGGUGCGAUCACCGUCGCUUAGAGACAUUGGAGCCAGAUACCGA